AAUCACUUAAAACUGCUGAUGUGAUGGAUAAUAAUUGCAAUAUAACUGCAUGUGAUACAGCCAAAAGUGAAGAUAAAGUGGAGGAUGUUAGUGGGCAAGUGCCAAGCGUACCUUUGGCAACUGGACAGACGUACGCUUUCACCACUUUUCCCACUCAGUGUGACCCAUCUAGUUUUUCAUAUGUUCUUCAGUCCUCAACAGUCAUGCAUCUUGCUCAUACUCAGACUACUGCUUCUAUACAAACUGAAUCUGGCAGGCGAUCCCAAGGAACAUCUCCACUUCACUGUGCAACCCCUUCACCACCACCAAAUACCUGCUCAGUCCAGGUUUCUGUUACAGAAGAUGAGGAGAGUGACAAUGAAAGUGAUGAUGUUGCUUGUUGUGAAACAACACAAGUUCAAACUUCUUGUCAUAGCCAAUCUGUUACAACAGCCAUACAAGUAGAUAUGGAUUCUCAAACCAAUUCUGAAGAAGAUGAAGAAGAAGAAAGAAAAAUUGAGAUUGAUAAGACUGAAGAAAAUAAAGUUGAAAUGUCUGAUUCAGCUAAUCAAACAGAAUCUGUUCCAUCUGAGAGUCCAAAAUCUGAUGUGGAAUUGGAAGAUGUUGUUUUGCCUCAGGAUGAACAAGUUGGGAAAGAAAUUUCAGAAAAUUUGCCAUCUACAGCUGUGUUUGAAUCAGCAAUUAAUUCUGAUAUUGAAACACCAAUUGGGCCAAAUAUUAGUAUUAAAGAAGAUAUUGUACAUUCUGAAGCUGGGUUAGAAAUAGUUACUUCUGAAACGGAGCUUGCUCCAUCAUUGCCCGUAGAAAGUAAACCAGUAAUGGAUUUCAUUGACCACCAUGGUCUGAAUCUUUUAGUGGAUAGUAUAGAGGAAUUUGCAUCAAGAGAGCAAGAAGCACAUCACAAGCAAGAAGAUGGAAAACAAACAGUUAUGGCACCAGCAAGUAUUUCAUCAGAUGUUGCUAAAGAAGUUGUAAAUAAUGAGCAAAUUGUAAAAGCUGAAACAAAAGAAUCUGAUUGCAGUUUGUCUGUGAAAUCAUAUACUCCAUCAUAUAAGACAAUAGACACAUCAUGUACUGAUGGCUUAGGCCUUCUUUGUGCUCUUGCAGAACAGAGGUUUUUUGAGGAAGCUAUGAAUGUGGAUGAAAACAAAGCAAAACAACUGCAGAAUAAUAGAGAUUGUUAUUCUUUUGAAGAAGAAAUGGACAAUAAUUCACAUUCAAAUGUUUCAUCAGUUAAAGAACAUUUACAGCAGCCAAAUUCUAAUGAUUCAUCUCUACAUUCUUCAGGGUCAUCAUCUCCAGAUCACGGAGAAGCUACCGAGUUAGAAAUGAGACUCCGGCUUGCUGAGCUUCAAAAGAAGUACAGGCAAAAACAGCGUGAACUAGAAUUGUUAAAAAAUAAGAAAGAAAAAGAGAAUAGUGAUGAUGAUUUAACAUAUCUUGCUAAGCCAUCUAAAACCAGGAAAACCAUAUCACCAGUCAGAAAUGCAUCUGCUUCUCAUGUAAAAUAUUCAUCUGGAUUUAAUGAAGAUAAUAUUUAUUCCCAAAAUUCUGUCUCAAAGCCAUGGCAGAAAAAGCAAAGCAAAUCUCCUGAAGAAGCUCUAAUGAAUGAAAAUUUAACUUGCAGUUUGAAUGUUGUGAAGCAGUGUAAUGCAGAAAAUGACAAGAAGUGUUUGAAAGAAGAUCAAGUAGAAAUAACAGAUAAAGAAGAAAAGGUACCAAGUGUAAGGACAUCUCCCGAGAUCAGUACAUCUCUUUGUGGAGAUUCAAACACUUCAAUUCCAAGCUCUGAUUUAUCAAAUGAAUCAUUUUGUAAAAAAUCUGCAUGUGCCAUUAAGAAAUUUAAAAGUGAAAAUAGUUUAGAUUCAAAUAGCAGUAUGAGUAAAGAUGAUGGCAGCUCUCAAGAUCAAGAUUAUGACAAGAAUGACAAAAGCAAAACACCAUUUUUUGAUGAGCAAGCGUGGUUUGUUCGAAGAAGUGAACGAAUAUUCCUUAGUGAUGCUCGUUCUACUGCUGUCCAACAACAACAGUCUGCUGUUACUGACAAAAAUAAGCGUAGUGGAUCAAAUGCUUCUCAGAAAAUAUCAGUAGAUGUUAAUCAUAAAGAAAAAAAAGAGCAUUCCAUAAAAUCUACCAAUGUACAUAAAUCACAGGAUGAUAGUGAAGGGAAGAAAGGGAAGUGCAGAGGAUUAAAAAAAUCUAAAUCAAAUUUGCCAAAAAAGCGUUCUUUAAGUGAGAGCUGUGACUCAGGUAGUAGUUGUGAUGAGGAAGUUUCUUCUUCUGAUAGUGAACAUAGUGAUGGAGCUUCAAGUACCAGUGAAAAUUUGCCUCUUAGUAUAUUUGUCGAACAAUCGUCCAGUAAAACUCCAAUGCCAGAAAGGCAGAAAAGGUUGUCAACAGACAGCGAAUGCAGUGACUUCAGUUCUGGUCAAAGUGAAGACAUUCCAUUAAGUGUAUUAAUUGGCCAAAAAAGCAUUAAAUAUCCUGAGCUGAAAUCCUGCAUUCUCACGCCAGAUGAAUUGCAAGAAAAUGCUCGUCUUCUGGUUUUAGAUGAAGGUUUAUUUUAUGCGGGCUACAUAACAAAAAGUGAAGAUCCAGAUAUGUAUGGUAUUUUGAUUGAUGGUGAGAGAGCUGCUCGACCUCACAUGUUUUCAAAGGAAGAAAUUUUGAAUGCAGCUGUACUUGAAGUAAAGCCAACCCAUAAACAACAGCUACCUGAAGGAUCAAGAAUAUGUGCUUUUUGGAGCCAGCAGUAUCGAUGUUUGUAUCCUGGAACAAUUACAAAAGCAUCUAGUCCAUUGCCAGACCCUUCUAUGUUGUAUGUGGAAUUCGAUGAUGGGGAUUCGGGUCGAAUUGCUCUAAAUGAUAUAAGAAUGUUGCCCCCAGAUUUUCCAAUAGUGUCAAUGGAACCUAACCCAUUCAUGAUUUUGGGUAAACGAAGAGCUCGAGCCCAAAGUCAGAAUGGUAGCACAGUAAAUGAUGCCAAAAAUGGAAGUGAGGCAACAAAUCAGAAGAAUGAUAAAGAAAAGAGUGAGCAUAAAAAGCACAAAAACGUUGUCAAAGCUAGCAAAAAAAGUCAUAUUGAAGGCAAAAACAGCAAGGAAAUGUCUAAAAGCAAAAGCAAAUCACCAUCUACCUCAAAUCGCUCUCGCAGCUCGUCAAAAUCGUCUUGUAGCAGUCACAGUGAAGUUAAGAACCAAAGCAUCGCUGGAAAAAAAGAAACCAGUGAAGAAAGUAAGAAGAAAACUGACAUGAAAUCAAAACACUGUCUUAAACAACAGAACUUUGAGAGCAAAACUGAUGAUAUGUGUGCAUCAGUAUCAAAACCAAAGAAACACAAAAAACAUAAAGAAGACCAUCAUAAACAUCAUCAUCACCAUCAUCAUAAGCACCAUCAUCAUAAAAAACAUAAAGCAGAGAAACAAGAACGUCAUUCUGUAGAUGCUGUGAUAUCUUCAAGCACUUUACCCUCUAGUGAAGACUCAUCGAACUGUCUUUCUUCACCUGCAGACCAGAAUACAUUUAUUUUAGAAAAUUCCAAGUCAGAACUUACUGUAAAAAUUAAGAAAUCUCCAUCUCCUCAUACAGCUCAAGAAGAAGCUGCAGCGGCUUUGGUUGUUUCAUCAGCAGCUGCUGUCACUAGUAAAACGAGAGCUCUGUCACCCAGUGGCUGCAGUUCUGCAGAUGAUGAUGCUUCUUUGGAACCAGCAAAGAAAAAAGUGAAGAAAGUUAAGCAACAAAUUACUCAAAGUAAGCCUGCAAAAAGGAAAGACCGCAUGCCUUCAGUUGAAAAGAGUAAAAUAGCAGCAUUUUUGCCGGUACGUCAGCUGUGGAGAUGGUCGGGAAAAAGCUUCCGCAGACCCGGGGCGAAAGGAAAAGCUAAAAAAGAAUUUUAUAGGGCUAUUCAACGUGGCAAAGAAACAAUAAGGGUAGGGGACUGUGCUGUUUUCUUAUCAACUGGACGACCACACUUACCAUACAUUGGUAGGAUAGAAACAAUGUGGGAAUCGUGGGGUGGUAAAAUGGAUGUUAAAGUCAAAUGGUUUUACCAUCCUGAAGAAACCAAAAGUGGAAAGAAACUCAGUCAAAUAAAGGGAGCACUGUUCCAGUCUCCACAUUUUGAUGAAAAUGAUGUGCAAACGAUAUCUCAUAAGUGUGAAGUCUUAUCAUGGGAAGAAUAUCAACAAAAGAGGCAUCCAGAAAAUAAUUAUGGAUCUUUAUUUGACAAUAAUGAUACAUAUUUCCUGGCUGGAACUUAUGAUCCAAUUAUGGGAACUCUCAUACUGGAACCUGGUGUUCCAGCUAUACCUUCAACCACAUCAUCGGAUCUGUAAAACCUAGUUUGUGAUCAGACUGUUUUGUUUUGUGCUGUGUCACAAUUUUGCUUAUUUGUUAGUUGUUUUUAAACUUUGUUUCAGUGAAGCUGUGUCAUUGCUUAGCAAAUACUUCACUGGCAUUGGUCUAGUUAUUGGUUAAGUGCUUGUCAUUGUUCCAUUUAUUUGUUACAUUUUGCACUGUGUGUAUGUGAUUUCCUUGUUGCUUACUUCAACUGAUACAAUGAGGGGCUUCCCGGUGUACAGUAAGAAUCAUUUGUGUUUACUUUUCUCAUGCAGUUAACUGUACAUUAGAUAUUAUCACUUACAUACAGUGAGUACCUGAAAUGUAGUCUAUUGUUAUUUCUUUUUUUGUUUGUUUUUGUUUUAUAGAAAAUCUUUUUUGCUAUGCUGGAAAAAUCAAAGUGUUGUUAGCCGCAAAUGCACGUAGCACAAGAUUUUCAUCAUGCUGUAUGGCAAUUAUUGCCAACUAUUGGCAGUAGCAAUAUAAUGAAUAAUAUCUAUGCUGCGUACAGCUUCCAAAUUAAAAUUUUAAUGGGCUAUAUUGCACUUGAGCACUUCUUUCAUAACUUGGGGAGCCCCUUAAAUGCUCCUGUGUAAUUAAAGGGAGUUCAUGCUGAUAUUAUUCCUAAUGAUGAUCUAUGAUAAGUCUUGGCUCAAAGAGUAUGUAGGUUGAAUGUGUAAACAUUUGUAUCCGUGCAUUACUACUGAUGUUAGUUAUAAACAAGGACAUGUCUUUCCCUUGGACUUUUGGUUGGGGAAAAUUUUGUAUCAUGUUUGCAAGACAUUUUGGAAGGUGACAAAUAUACUGGUGGUUGUCAUGUCCGCCGGUAUUUCUUAUCCUCUUUAAAAUGUUUUUCUAUUUGAAAAAGAAAAGUGAUACAAAGAGGUUAUUUUUAAACAUUUUUGUUUUAUAGUCGAGAAUAUUUCAGGCUGUGAAUUAUUUCUUAACCUGUAAUCUCUCCACUCUUUAAAAAAGGCAGUGCCUUACUUUCUACUUUCCUCUUUAAAAAAGGUCAAAUAGUUAACAGAUGGCCCUCCCAUUAUGCAGAAAAUUAGAUUUAAAGUGGUUAGCCUUAAUUAAAAAUUAAAAAUUAUUAUUUUUUUGGUGAUUUAUUAUAACUAGCUCCACAAUGUGUGCAAAUGAAUAAUUAUUAAUCUGCUAAGAAAUUCUAUACCAAAUUAAUCUUCCUGUCAGGAAUAUCUUUAUACAUUUAAUGUCUAUGAACAAAUUUCUGCCAAGAAAAAUACUUUAUGACAAACAUUCCUAUUGAAAUUUGAUAUUAGAAGCACACCUUAAGAAGAAAUGGACUUCAUUUAUUCAUGUGUGUGUCUAUUUAGGAUGAAUAUGUUGUUUAUGUCUAGAACAUUCUUUAAAAUAUUUAAAAUCAAAACCAUAUAUUUGUCACCUCUAUUGAAAGACAGUAUUACGGCAUUAGUCUUGUGCAUUUUAGUUAUUGUUAAUUAUGUUUACACUUAAGCAAGAAACUGAGAAGUCAUUUUCAAGCCUUUUCUAUCUUAAGGUCUCGAUUUCCUGAAAUGCUGUAUUUAUGUGUGUUUUUCCUGGGUUAUUUAGAUAGCAAUAAAUGUAUCUACACUUUGUAUCCUAUUUUAGUCACUUUCUAAUGUAAUUUUAUGUACAUGACCAUUUUUAAUAUAAUACUGUAUAACUAGACAAUUUUUUUACAAUGGCCAAUUAUGCACAAUGAAAUUUUUUGCUAUUUGUAUUACAAUAUCAUUGUACAUGUGACUUGAAUUUUCUUACAUCAAAGGUGUAAUUAAAUUAAUCAUGAGACAAAUUUUAAUAGCCAGGGAUACCUUUUGCAUUUUGCAUCUGAUCCUACUGAAGCAUAACUGCAUUUUUUUUUUCUAAAUCACUAAAAUGAAGUUAUGUUUGUCCAGUCUAACAUAUUUGUUAAUCAGAAAGUACAACUAAUGAUACCAAGUGUUUGCCUUACAUGUAAAUUGGCUUUUUAAGGCCAAGCACCUGUACAUUGUGCAAUUUUGGGAGGGAAUAGAAAUAUCAAAGUUUUGCCUUUAACUUAAGCUAUGCACUUCAUCUUUCAUCAAAGUUAAUCAUAGUUGUCAUCAUUAUUCAUUGCUGCUGAAAAAUUUCUAAUACCUGUUUCAUUAUCACUGUAGAAUAUGCAAUAACAAUGCUUAGAGUAAUGCAAAGAAUUUUGAAAUCUUGCUCUGCUGCAAGUGUCUUUUCAUCACACUCUUCUUAUUUUUAAUGAAAUGAAAGGUCAGAAUUUGUAAAUUCCUUUCUAAUUAUCAAGUUUCCUUCUCUUGUUACAUUAUUAUAUCACAUUUUGUCAAUUAAAUUAUGUGAUUCAUUCUCAUUUACAAAUGUCUUUUAAAAGUGUGUUGAUAUGAAGCCUAUUUUUAGAAGAAUGAAAUACCAGAGAAGGGUUGGUAAUAUUUUAAUACUAGAAAAAUUAACUUUUUCUCCUCAUACACGCACAUAGAUACAAGAGCAAGUAAGAAUAGUCUCAGGUAAUUUUUUGUAAUUAGGUAUAUUCUUUAAAAAUUUUUUUGUCUAAGUAGUAAAUGUUACUUAUGAAGUUUAUAUUGAAGUUAAUAUAGCAGUUCUUCAUUUUUUCAAAAUUCAUAUCUAAAAGACUGAUUUAAUGAUUGAUAGAGUUUUUUUUGUUUGUGUGUUGAUAUGCAGAAAAAUCAAUGAAAAGUAGUCGUAAUUCUGGCCCCUUAAUUUCAGAAUGUGGUGAGUGAAAUUUGUCUGUCAGAUUGUGAAUGAAUUGGAUAUCAAAUCCAUACUGAUAUGAAACCUGAAAGCUUUAAGUGUGAUAAUAAGCCUUCUUCGAAACGUGAUCGUUAAGAAUAAACUAGAUGGAAAUGAGUUGUGACAAACAGUAAACUAAUUACAAAUUUUAGGAUGUUUUUAUGUGUUUUUUUAUUCCACCUAAUAUAAUUUUAUUGCCUUGAUAUUUCCUUUGAUUAAACCUCUGAUUUUAAUUCCCCUUUGCUUGCAUAAUAGUUGUGUAAUUCUGACCCAUUAUUUUGAAUAGAUGGUGACUUAAAUGUGUCAAAUUAUUCAACAGAUUGAAAAUAAAAUAAAUCCCAAAUCCCUACUGAUGUGAAACCGAUUUUAAAUAAAAGCUUUGUGAGAAAUAACUCGUAUUUGUAAAAUGUGAUCGUUACAGGUAAACUAAAUUGAAACAAAUUAUGACUAAUUGCAUCAAAUGCCAAGUAAAGGAUUACUUUUACUAUGUUUUUUUAUAUCUGUAUUCCACCUAAUAUAAUUCUGCUGUUUUGUUUGAUAAACCAAUAUGAUUAAUUGCUUGUGCUUGUAUAAUCAUCUUGCUUCUACGAACAAUUAGUAAAACUGGUCAGAAUCAAAGAAUCAUUAUAAAAUGUUACGUCCAAAUCUAUAGUCUAAAGCAGUUCCUCCCCCCCCCAAAAAAAAAUCAGGAUUGCAACCCAUCAGAAUUUUAAAAAGAAUAAUGAAAUAUAGCAAAUCAUCAUUUAUAGCAGUGCUUCCCAAACUUUUAGUUGUGUAACACUCAUACAUAUAGCUGCAAAUUAUCGUAUUGUACCUGAACAUAAUUGGUAUGGAAAAGAGGGAGUGAAAAAAUUUUAGUAGAAGAAAAUAUAAUAAUGAAAUAAUAAUUAUUAUAUACAGUUAUUAGCUAUUAAUAUUUAUAAAUUAAUGAUUAUAAUUUAACAUUCAUAAUUAGGUAUUCUUGCAUGAGGUUGAUUUACUGCUCGUGAUCAUGAUCAAAACAAAAGAAACAGAUAAUAUUGUCAUUCUAAACCUUAUGAAAAGCAGCAGUGUCCACAAAUAAAUAAAUAAACACAAAGAAAUUACAUGUACUAAUUACAUUACCAGAACAUUUAUUAUGUUGCCAGAUUACUAUAUUAUACUGCAUUACUAGAAGAAUGAAGUGAUGUAAUACUGAAGAGGACCUGUUGUAUUGUUGGACAAACAGAAAAAAUUAUAGGACUGUACUCUUUUUUUUAUAUAUUAUUAUUAUUAAACUUUUACCAUUAAAUUAAUGUGUCUUAAGACAGAAAAGAAAGUCUGAAGCUGUAUUCUUUUUUGAUGAAUAAUUAAAUUUCUGCCAUUAAAAUACAGUGUCCUAGAAUAAUACCAUUAAAUUAUAGUGUUUUUUAUGAUUCUAUGAAAUAUUUUAAUAUUUUGUUACAAAUAAAGUAAGCAAGUAAUGCCAAAUUUUAUUAUACAGAGAAAUAGACUAAUUAUUUCUUUUUUUACACAUUUUGCAAUUUAUAUGCGUUCACUGAUUUCUUUUGGCGAAGUAAUGAGGUGUUAUAAAAUGUGGUGAGGUAGGUCCACUAAGGCCAAAGAGGGAACCAAUUACAGCCAAAUCAAAUGGGUAGUUCAUACACAUAAUCGGGCACACCAGUGGCCAAGUUGCUGAACAUGGGUAGUUUUUUCCAAGGUUCGAAACCAGUGAACAGGCUGGCUGCAUGGGCAUUUUCAUGGUUUUCCCCAUGUAUAACUUUAUAUACAAGUCAGUUUCCCAUAGAAAGUUCUCAACGAAGGUAUCCCUUCCCUUGGGCAGAUAGCCCUCGAGGCUUUGCUGUAAUAAAAUAAACCAAGCCAUACGCAUUAAUCAAAGGCAAAUACAAGGUGGAUCAGCUGUUGAUAUAGAUAUAGCCCAGUAGGUCAUCUGUUGCAAGAAUACCCAUAAUUAUAUAACAAAACAAGAACUUCCUAAACUUUUAGGAGCCAUAGAUUUCUAGGAUCAUUUAGGGUAAUAUGUAUUCUCCCUAAAAAUAAAAAUUGUAUUUAUAGUUAUGAAACUUAUAAUCAAAAAUCACUAAAUUAUUCACAAACCGUGGAAGUACUGCGGCUUAGCAUAGGAAUAAAUAUUUAAUUUUUCUCUUGCAAAAUUUUUUAAAAAGUUAUGUAUUUCCAUAGUUUUUUUCCUAUAAAUUGAAUAGUUUUCUGAAAAAAUAACUAAAAUUUCUGAAAACACAUAGAUUAUUUACAUACAGUUAUCUGAUCAUAAAUUGUUUUAUCUCUGUGGUAUGUUAGAGAAUGUGAUUUCUUUGUUUGAAGUUUUUUGUUUCAUGUAUUUCUAAUAAUGCAUUGGAGAUGAAUAGCUAAGAAUCCUAUCCUUAUCCUCAAUAUUGUUAAAUACAAUAUCUGUGUAGAUUUCUUAAAUAUACUCUAGUCCAUUUUUUAAAAAUUUCAUUUCAGAACGAAUUUAUAUUUUAUUUUUAGUCUAUUUCAGGGCAAAAUUUUGUUCCUCACAUCUUAUAAUAAUCCAAAUUUAAAUUUCAGUUGGGUGCGAUUUACAUGCCAGUUAUUGUGCCAUUUUUUUCACCUCCUUUCAACCUUGCUUGUUGCCAAAUAUUCAUAUCACAGCUUUAAAUGCUUUUUUACAAGUACAAUGUGCCAUAUGUUUCUAUAUGUGUGUGAUUCAUUUCAUGUGAAUGAAACAAAAGAAUGCAGCCUAGUUUUUAGUAAAAGAGCUAUUAGUUCUUUUAAUUAAUAAAUGAAUGCAUGAUCAGUGAAGUCAGAAUUUUUUUCCCCCAGUAGGGAUAUUUUAAAUACUUAUAGCUUGAAGAGAAAAUUUUUAAAACAUCUCAUACUUAUUGCUUUUCCAUGUGUGCCAUACAUGUCCAAAGACUAUCACUGUUAAUGACUUCCAUCUUAUCUAUGCAAUACAAAGGUUUAUGUAAAAAUGAAUACAGCAUUUCGGGAAGUUUUAGUCCUAUUUAAUAUACAUGAAGUAAUUGUUUGAAAUUGAUCACGAUUGUGUAGUAUUUAGAUGAGCAUCAUAAUCUGAAUGUUUAAUUGUUAUGGUAUUAAGAAUAGUUCCCAUUUACUUAUACUUGUCAGCUUAUUGAUAUUUUUCUCUUAUUGUUGUACAAUAUAGUUUUGUUUGUGCAGAAAUGGUAAUAACAUGUUUUAAAUUAUGGUUAUGUGUUUUGACAAAUGUAAUUAAUGCAUUCAGAUGUUCUAAAUCAGUGGUUCACUGUAUUGUAAUGAAUUUCAAAUUGCUUAUUACUGUCAGGUAUUAAAUGAAAACUUUCAUAUUGCUGUAAUUUAUUGCGAGAUAGAUCUAAAUGUUGAGUUCAGUUUGUAAAAAUGAAUGUAGUAUAUUAAAAUAACUCUUUAUUUAUUGAUCUGUGAAUGAAACAAGAAACCCUUCUUUUACUAAAAGAACAAAAAGGAAAACCUUUUUUAAAAAAACAUUUUUAUGUAUGUUAUGAAAAUUUUCAUAUCUUUUAUAACUUGGAUACAUUUCAUCAUGUGCAAUUAGCUGUGAAUACCUAACCUUCUUUUCCAAAUAAGCAAGUAUAAUAUAAAUUGAAUUCUUUGUAAAGAAUUUGUAAUGAAAACGGAGAACCACUAGUGAAUUACUAAUCAAAAUAGCUUAAUUUAAAAAAAAAUUUCAAUUCUAAUGUAUAUUACAUGUCUCAGCACGCUUAAAGCUUAAGUAGUAAUGGAAACAUACAUAAAACAAAAAUAAAUAAAUUUAAAAAAAAAAAAAAAAAAAAAACUGCAAAGCCAUCGUAGAUUUGUGCAACGCAUUUUGAUUUCUUGUACAGUGUACAUAAAUAAUGCGUGUAUAAUGUAUGUACUAUCUGGGUGUCUUUUGCCAUGUAGAAAACCCUAUUUUUAUAUAUAAGAAAAGCCAUUUCGAAGGGAAGCUAUUGUGAUGGUGCUGGUUUGUAUAUUCACAGGAAAAUAUUGUAGUUAAAGUUUGGUAUGAACCUAUUUUGUCUAUGUAAUGCUGUUACUAGACUUCUAGUGUUAAAGUCUAGAAUGCAUAAAAAUGGUGCCUGCUUGUGAUAUUAAUUCAUUUUAUUUAAAAUCAGCUCCUUUUAUUAUGAUAAUAUUCUGUUAUAAAUGUUAAAAAUAUUGGGUAUAAAAAAAGGCUUGAACAUUAAAUAUUUUUAUGGAUUAACUCAAUGACCUAAUUUAUGGAACUAAAGCUUGCUUUUUAUGUUUCAUUUUUAUGACACUUAUUUAUAGGAUUUCUUGAAAAAGUUGUAAUCUUUUCUGUAUAAUGUGUACAAGAGAAUAAAGUUUUUAAGAGAAAAUAAUGCAAAAGUCAGAAAUCAAAAAAGAAAAAAGAUUGGGUUUUAUCAUUUUUUAAACAUACUGAAAAAUCUGUUUGUCUGUUAACAAACUCCAGUGUUACCUCAGUUAAAUAAAAUACUUGAAUUGCUGUAUCUUUAAAUAUUAGAAAUUUUAGUGAAAUUUAGAAAUUUUUAGUUAAAUUAGAAAUUUUGACAUAAAUUUGUUUCAGUUGGAAAAAUAGAACUUUUUUUAUUCCUGCAAAAGUCAUUUUCCUUAGCAAAAUUUUUAAAAGUAAGCAAGAAAUUACAGUAACAUAAAUAUACCAAUAAAACAUACUAAAUAAAUAUUUUAAUGUAAACCAUAUGUUGGUGAGAAGGUGAAAGGGUUUGAAUUGGAACUCUCAUAAUCACUUUUCUCCCCUUGAAAUUUGCUCCAAUUUAAUAUUCUGCAGAAUUUUUUGGAAAAGUAAUAGUUAGUUCUAAAACACUUAGGAUUGACAUGAACAGUAUAAAUACAGUAUGAAAAUAUAUCAAUGAAAAAUAUUAAAAUUAUAAUUUUGUGUAAUCCAUUUCUGAAAUAAAUACAAGAACGUAGCUGUUUGAUCAUACCAUUCUUUUUCCCCAUUAACAGAUCAAUAAAGAGACAUCUCCAUGUAUGCAUGUACUAAAGCUUAUUUUUUAUUAAAUUUCAAUUAAAAGUCAAAUAAAAUCUGCUUAAAAUAAUAUCCCGCACCCCGAUCUAUUAGAAAAUACCAUAUUUGUUAUGUUGCUGAAAAUUGAAAUUAGAGCAUUUGUUGUAUAUUCUGCAAAUACAUCAAAUGCUGUAAUUGAUAAAAAAAUAUGAAGCUGUCUUGAGUUGUGCAACUCUUAAACCUAACUGAGGUUCUACUGUGUUUUUCAGUGUAAUUGCAAAGAGUAUUUUCUUUAUUUUAAAUUUGAUUUCAGUUUCAUUAAACAAUUUCAGUAUUUUUCUUUUGUUUCUGAAUUUUCACCUUCAAAUGUGUGGACCAGAAAUUUAAAUAAUUAGUAAAUAUUUUUGUUAAUAUUUCACCAGUCAUCACUUUAAAAUGACAGUAAGCUAAAAUGUUUUUCAUCUUUUCGCAAUCAUUUUUAGUUUUAUUAUAUUUUAAACAAUGACCAUGUUUAAGACAUUUUACUUAACCGGAACAAAACCAAUUAAAAAAAAUCACAAGUCUUCAUUACAUUGACAAUGUAUUUGUAAAUAUGAUCAUUAUUUGUCCAUUUCAUCGCAAAUGUGAUUUUUACAUGUUUUUAUGUGCAUGUGUAUAUUGUAUUAUAAAUUGUUUUUUUAAUGUUGGUUAUGUAAAAAAAAAUACUGUUACAGGUUCGAAGGUAAAAAGUUUUAUAUGAAUGUUAAAUGCAUAUGUAGUUAAAAGCAUUUAUUGUUUAGCAGCAUAUGUUCUUUCACUGGACAGGUAUUUGAACCUGUAGCAGCAUUGGUUAUGAUGAAGCAGACAUCAUCGUGUGGUAAUGUGCAAAAUUUUAUCAAUGGAUGAUUGGUCUGUUUUAAGACAUUAUAUAAAUUGCAUAUUUUAAUUAAAAUUAUUCAUUUAAAUUUACCUGUUAAUUUGAAAGUUGAAAAUGAGAAAACUAAUGUUGUUGUAUGUUUGUUGCAUAUGUAUCUGAAAUACAUGUGACUGAUACUUUCCUGUUAAAAUGGCUUUUUCAAUUGUACUUAUACUGCUCUGAAAAAGAGAAAAAAAUGUAAAAAGCAGAUGAUUUGACAGUUUAAGUUUUCCUAUGAUAAAUGAUAUUUUUGACUUUUUCUUAUCACAGGAGACUAAACAUCACACAUCACAAAUUGUAUGACUGAAAAAUUUAUCCCAUUUGUAUAUAUUAAAUUCUUUAAAUAAUUAAGUUUUUGACAAGGAACCUCUUCUAUCGGGAAUAAGUUGGCUUUCCUCAUGUGAUGAAGUUGCAGUUACAUAAAAAGUAAUAAAAUUGUUGUUAAGUAACUGACUGAAA